UAAAACUAGUGAUUAAAAAGUGUUUUCAAACAAACUGUAAAUAUAACAUAGUGCCUUAGAUAUGGAAAUACCAUAAAAUCGUUAAAUUUACUGUGUCAGUAUGGUCGAAUUUUCUUAAAUUGCCAAAAAGAAAAAAUGGAGCAAUGAAAGCAAUCAACGACGGAAGACAUAUUGGUUAAUAAAGCCUGUGCCGUGCUGAUGAGUGCUAUCUGGUGCUAUACAUUACUGCUUAAUGAUCCGGAACGGUGGGAAAAAUUGGACUUAUCAAUCAGUUUGCGGCCGCAAUGGGAGCAGAAUUUGUGCGAAAUUCAUUUUUAGCGUAUGUGGAAGUAGAAUAUUAAUUUGUCCAUGAGCUGAUUGAAGGGGCCACACACGACGAUUCGGGACAAACCGUGCUCGUUCAUCUCAUUACGUCAUGGUAUGAGGGAACCGAACAAUUUGGAGGAAGUUACGCCUGUAAGGCUUAACACUUCCGAGUUGCGAAUCAUGGCUCUACGACAACAGCAACAAAUUGACACCCAGCAGCAACUACUGGCAGCCCGUGAGCAACGUCUACGCUUCCUUAAAGCUCAGGAAGCAUGCGAAACCGUAGCUGCAGCUGAAGGGGAGCGUUUGCGGAGGCUUAGGGAACGUGUGGAAGCACAAGAGUCGAAGCUGCGCAGACUACGUGCGCUACGAGGACAAGUUGAUUUGCAGAAAACUUACAAUGUCACUCUUGGAAAUGAUUUGGAUUCAAUACGAGCACUAUUCAGCGAGAAAGAAAAAGAAUUGACGCUUGCAGUGGCAAAAGUAGAAGCAUUAACCAGGCAACUAGAGGAGCUUAGACGCGAUAGAAGGGGCACAUUGAACUUAUUUACUGGUCUACCGAGUCAUUCCCAGUUGAACAGUUCACCAGCGGCCAUAGAACUAGAUAAGCUAAGACGAGAGCUCAUGUAUCGAAAUCAACUGUCUUUACAACAGGAUGCAAGACUUCAUUUGCAACGCGAGGCUUUACAGAAGCGUCAGGCCGAACUUCAAUCGGUUGAUCAACGAAUUUUAGAAUUGCAAGGUCGAUUGAACAAAAAGAGAGCAUCCAAUAUGAUUCAGCAUCAACAAAGCUCUCCAACUCAGAUGACCCAUUCCAACAGCAUUGCUGCAAAUCAUGUUCGGUCGGUAUCGUCAAAUUUUUAUCCUCAGCAGAGAGUACCGAGAAGCAACAUUGUUGCCGUCGAACCAUUCAAUCAUAUUCCACAGAAAGCCGUGGCUUUGAGUAAUAAUGGUAAUAAGAUAAAUAUUUUAAAUAACAAUCCAACGGCAUCCAAUCAAGUGAUGCACGACAUGGCAAGUAAUAAUAAAGUUCAGCAUGGUCGUCAAUUGUCUGCAGAAGUGACCAGCAGCUCCAACAUUAACGACCACAAUAUGGCCGCAGAAAGUGACGAGAAUAAACUGGCUAGACAGAAGAAGCAGGAGUAUGUAUUAAAAAAUGCUGGAAUGGAAUACGAAAAUGAUGGUACAUUCUCUACCAUGCAUGUUUCACAGUCUUCAGGUGAACAAAUUAAUAACAAUAAAACAACAUAUGCAGAGCGUGAGGUUCAAAACGACGAGCUUAUUUUUAACAGCAGGUACAGUUACAACCAAGACCAUAUCGACAAUAAUAGAAACAUUUGUUCAAGUAACAAUGAUACGUUAGAAAACUUACAACUGUCUAAUACAAACGAUUGUGACAGUGACAAAGUUUCAGAUAUGAAUGGAUUUUCAUCGCGUGCACAAGUAACGGCAACAGUUCACAGUACGCCGUUGAGUUUUCUGAACAAAUCAGUCGCAGUUCCGGUAACACUGUCUCCGAAUUCACCCAUAUCAAAUGAAGAGCAACAUCAACAGCUCAUCAAAUCAAAAACUAUGCAAACUAACAGCAAAGGAUUUGCGUACGGUUUGUUGCAUAACAUUCCAUCUGGUAAUCUGGUGGUACCACCUCGUAAACCGAACAACGGUUCAUCUCCAAUGAUGGCUGGCAAACAGCUUUCAUCAGAUAUCAAGAUCAAUAUGGUCACACCUCAAUUGCAGAAUCAACACAUAUCUCAAACGACGGAUAGUGGUGAAAAGCUUAAGCCUGCUUUACCACCGAAACCCAACAAAAAUAAUACUCAAUCAUCAGAAAUUGAUACCGGGUUUAAGUCUAUUACGGAAAACAACAGCAAUAAUCAUGAUCCUAUGUCCUCUGGCAAUAACAUUCCAUCCAAAUCGAGCAACAUGCCUUCAGACAAUCUACCUAUUAAAGCCAAACCGUUGACCAUCAAGAAAUCUCCUCAUUCGGAACAACCGAGAUUAAAACAUAUUUCCAGUAACUUGAACGCAUACAAAGUCCAGCACUCGGGUGCGCAUCGAAUGCUGGAGAUGCAACAGUCUUCCCCCUUUGUCUUGCCGGAGGUGACGAAAUCAUCCGACGGUUCAGAUUCACAGGUCAUUACGGAUGCAGAAAAAAGUAACCAACAGCUGGAGUACAACAGUCAAGCCCAACGUAUUGUUGCUAAUAAACGUUUGACCGCCGAAAAUUUACCGGAGUGUAGUAGUACUGGAGCAGAAGAAUCGCAAUCACAGGACAAAAAGUUAGAAGAAGUAUGCCGACGAAAGCGCAGCUUUAUAUCAGCUGUUAUCAGUGACGGGAAGAUCAAACUGGCCCGCCGGGUCAGCUUCGACCCGUUGGCUUUGCUAUUAGAUGCUAGUUUAGAAGGUGAACUGGAGCUUGUGCAGAAGACUGCGUUACAGGUACCAAAUCCAAGUGCCGCGAACGACGAAGGAAUAACUGCACUACACAAUGCCAUUUGUGCUGGUCACGUGGAAAUUGUAAAAUUUCUGGUAAACUUCGGGUGUGACGUCAACGCGCAGGAUUCCGAUGGAUGGACACCCUUACACUGUGCUGCCAGUUGCAAUAAUCUUUCGAUGGUGAAGUUCUUGGUGGAAUCAGGAGCUUGUUUGUUUGCCGCAACACUAUCGGAUCAUGAAACGCCCGCUGAGAAAUGCGAGGAAGAUGAAGAAGGCUUCGAUGGCUGUUCUGAAUAUUUAUACAGCAUUCAAGAAAAGCUUGGGAUUCUGAAUAGCGGAGAAGUCUACGCAGUGUUUUCUUACGAUGCUCAGCAACCAGAUGAAUUGAGUUUUUCGGUAAACGAUAAGCUUACUGUUAUACGCAAAGGGGAUGAAUCAGAACGAGAGUGGUGGUGGGCAAAAGAUUGCAAUGGAUGCGAAGGAUAUAUUCCAAGGAAUUUGUUAGGGUUUUAUCCUCGUGUCACUCCCUGUAGCGACAAUCAAAUUGAAUAGCAAGAGCUCGCGGCAAAUAUCAAUAUGUAUCGAUCCGUGUGAAAAUGUGUAAUUUAAAAGAACAAUGUGAGUUGUUGAAAGAUACAAAUUGCAUGAUCAAAAUAAAUAUUUUGUAGCGCA